AUGUUGCUACUGAUCUCAGGAAACUCAAGUGACGCUAGGAAAUCUUUAUUUGACGAUUUCGAAUCGUCUCCACUCGAAGAAGCCUCAUUUGCGACCCUCGCGGCCAAAAUGUCUAGGGACGACACAAAACAGGCUUUCGGUUCAGAUUAUGCCGACACUUUUCCGUCCAGAGAACAAACCGAAUCUGCAGUUUUCAAGAUUCGAACAACAGGGGAUGAAACUUUGAGUAAAAGUUUAAAAUCCACAACGACCGGCAGCAGUCUAUUCGACGCCCGAACAGAUGAAGCUCAUAAACUAUCCCAAUUUGGAUUUUCGCUGGACAAAAAUGCGGAUCAUGCCUCAUUUUCUACUUUCCCGUCCUCAGAAAAUCAUAAAACCUACAAAAAGCCUUCCCGAAAAUCAUCAAGUCAGACAAAGUCUUCUUUGUUCGACUCCAGUGCAUCAGCAUCAUCAACCAUCACUCGUUCGGUGUAUGCAAAUCCCAACUUUCCGUCAAAGGAUCUAUUCAGGUCCUCGUACUUUUCCGACCGAGAUAAGUACGAGACCAAGGACCCUAUGGAGUACUUAGUAACUGGGAUUCCCCAGAGCCCGAGAAGAGAUUUUUCCGUGGACUAUUUUCUUGACGAAGGAGACGAACGACGAGAAUUACAGUCUGGCACCUUUGAUAAAGUUUAUUACCAAUAUCCUCCACAUGAUGAUGGACUUAAACUUGGUCAAAAGCCACGCAAAAUCCCGAAUUUCAAGGCUUGGGAUGGAGACCGAUACGAGUACAAGGGCCAGCCGACAGUCGGAGAAGAAAGCGGGGAAAGUUCACCCGCAUCUGAUGAUUUCCGAGGAAGUCAGUGGUCGGAUUCUGGAAGGCAGUCACGUCGCCCCCAGCCCCCGAUUGUGGCCAGCGUGAACAGGGAUAAAGGAGCGGUGAUUCACAUCACAUUGAAUCAGAUUCCAGCGAAGAAACCGGAUAGACCGAGUGGGAAAAGCAUCCCUUCGUCAGCGAAAGAUGAAGCCGCUGCUCCACCAGCAGCGCCGCCAGCGACAACAGUUGCGCCGGCAGUGACACCUACUCCAUCUUUUCAGGGAUAUCAUGGAAUGGCUGGUUCCGACAUGAUGAUGAUGAAUCCAUUGAUGUCUGGUUUCAGUCACAUGAUGGGGGGCUAUGGUGCUGCUGGAAGUAAUGGUGGAUACCUCAUUUUACCUCAGAACAGUCCCAAGGGUGGCCAUUAUCCAGUGCCACCAUUGGUGAUCCCAAUUCCCCCAUUUUACCAAGGACAUAACCACAUCCAUUCAACAACAACUGCUGCAACCCCAACUACAGGCCCUCCAUCAGCAAUGGAUACUGUUCCUUCAACAACUCCUGCUGAUGACACACCAUCAAGAGAUGAACAUUCUGUCAUCUUGAUUGGACCGCCAGUUUCCAGAGAUAUUCCACAAAUGCCAGCAUACCGGUCAGCUCCAAAUUCAGAUGAUUCUGGAGAAUCUAUGGACACCUGGAGACCCGUGGGUCCUCCA